AUGUCCGACUUCGUCCACGUUGAAUCACCCACGAAAGUAAGUCGAGAGGAUGCAUCCGAUGCUCAGCCACCGCAACCGGCUGUCCCUUCAAGACCUGAUCUAGAUUUCUUGAAUGCACAUCCAUUCGUACGAUCGACUGUGAUAGAUAAGAUCUAUGGAUGUCUGAUGGGAUCAGCGUUGGGGGAUACGAUUGGCCUGUACACAGAGUUUCUUCCCAAGCAAGCUUGUGAAAGCAUCUACAAAGAGAGGAAAUUUAGUCUGCUCGAGCCGGUGACGGAAUGGCAUCCAGAUAGUCAUCGAAUGCGCUUUGAGCCCUGCGCAUGGACCGACGACACAGACCAAGCUCUUCUCAUCAUCCUUUCGUAUCUAUAUAACCACUCGUCAUCAGACACCCUCACCAAGCUCCCACUGGAUUUCGCAGCUCGCCUCCAGAUCUGGAUCGAACAAGGUUGCCGCGCCCUCGAUCGUCCGCCGUGCGGCAUCGGCGCGUUGGUCGGCGGGGUCGUCAGCCACAAAGCCUACCUCAAGGAUCCGACCGAUACUGCCAUCAAGCGCUGGGUGAAGACAGCUCGACAUGUCGCGCCUAAUGGGAGCUUAAUGCGCACGCAUCCGAUCGGUGUGAUCGGAGUUGGACUGCCCGAAGAGGAAGUAUGGAGGCUUGCAGCCUCGGUAGGCAUGACCACUCAUGCGGAUCCACGGUGCACCGUUGCAUGCUGUAUCUCUGUCGGUCUGAUCUGGGGUCUGCUCCGUGGUGAGAUUACGACCAUGGAGCAUGUCGAUGCGGCCAUUGAACGAGCCUACAACUGGGUGGUUUCGCAGCCCGACCUCAUGAACCCUGGACUCUACACCGAUAUAACCGAGUGGGAGAUCAAACGGCAUCUCGAGCGGAAGGAGUUUGAACGCCAUGUCUACGCGCAAUCGCUGGAAGAUCUGAAGCUCGACAACCACAAGGAGAUGGGCUAUGUGUACAAAUGCCUUGGAUCGGCGAUUCUUACCUUGCGCUUGGGUAUCCGUGCAGUUCAAGGAUCCGUUCUUCCCUCCAAAGAGCUUUUUGAGGACCUAAUGACGGAUCUCAUCAUGGAAGGCGGAGACUCCGACACCAAUGGCGCGGCAGCGGGCGCACUUCUAGGCGCGUAUGUUGGCUAUGCCAAUUUGCCAUCGAACUGGGCGUCAGGGCUCACGCAUAAGGACUGGCUGAUGUCUAAGAUUCUCCGCUUGACGAAAGCAACGGGAAUUAUGGAAGGGGAGCUGGAAGAGGAGAAGGAUGAGGCGCCGGACGGGGGGAAAGGCCUCAUGAACAGGGAGGAGUUGGAGCGGCGGGAUUGCGCUAUGCUGACGCUGAUCUUGGAGCGGAAGAAGGAACAGCAGGAGAGAGACAAGAAAGAGAAAGUAAAGGGGAAGGGCCUAGUUGGGUGGUUCAUGAAGUGA